GCAUCGCAACCUCCCCCUCCACCUGCAGAUCGUGUCCUUUUCCCUCCACAGCUCCCUCGUUUCCACCUCGACUGAUCUCGCCUCAGCGCUUCGAGAUUGCCCCGAGCAUUGUGGGCCGCACAGUCCCGUCCACGCGAAACUUCAGCAUUGCGACUCGGCGACAGCACCUUUCAGUUCCCAGCUUGCAUCUGGGGGGUAAUCCUCCGCGCCCCUCCACAAGCCAUGCCUCGCCUAUUGUCCGCGGUCUUGCACAUGCGCAAAGACCCGCGCAUGCUUAAAGUGCCCCCAUACCUGUCCGCCCUCUGCGUUGUGGUCGGUGUCGUCUGGCUCUUCCUGCUCCCGCUCAAUGACUACUCGAGACGGACAUACAUUUCCGAAAAUGCUCUUCUUCCCGGUCAAGUCCAUACGUACUUUGGGGGGAGCGACCAGAACGUAUUCCGUGCGUAUCGGCACGAACUCGACGAAUUACAGGACAAGACGAACAUUGAAAUCAACGACGGAAUAGAAAACAUUUACAAGGGCAUCGGCCUCAAAGUCGGUCGUCAGAAUUAUACCUAUCGAAGCGCCGGCAAGGACUAUUCCGGUCAGAACGUAUAUGCCAUUCUACAAGCGCCCCGUGGAGAUGCAACAGAGGCCAUUGUGCUGGUGACGGCAUGGAAGAAUAUCAAGAACGAAUGGAAUCGAAGUGCGGUUGCUCUCGGGCUUACACUCGCCAGAUAUUUCAAGCGGUGGUCACUCUGGUCCAAGGACAUCAUCAUCGUCACCCCACCCGACAGCAGAGCUGGCAUUCAGGCAUGGGUGGAUGCUUACCACGAUGCGCACAACGCUGCCAAUGUUGCCUCCCUUCCGAUCAAGUCUGGUGCGUUGCAGGGAGCAUUGGCCCUCGACUUUCCUCAAGAAGCUAGAUACGAGUCACUCCAGAUCGUGUAUGAUGGAGUCAACGGGCAGCUGCCGAACUUGGAUUUGUUCAACAGCAUGGUGCUCAUCGCUGCUGGUCAGAUGGGCAUGCAGCAGACCUUUAUCCACGACAUGCAGAAGCAUAGCGACAGUUACGACGCUCGUCUUGCAACCAUGCUGCGCGGCAUGCUCAACCAAGGAUUGGGACAGUCGACCGGCCCUCACAGCAGCUUUAUUCCGUAUCACGUGGACGCCCUUACAAUACAACCCGUUGGCCAAGGUUGGCAUGACGAAAUGGGCCUGGGCCGGAUUGUGGAAGGCACGUUCCGGAGUCUGAACAACUUGUUAGAAAAGCUGCAUCAGAGCUUCUUCUUCUACAUUCUGAUGAAUCGGGACCGCUUCGUCAGCAUCGGAACCUAUCUGCCAAGUGCUAUGCUUGUAGCAGCCAACUUCUCCAUCAUGGCAACCAACCUGUGGAUUAAGAGUGGGCAAGAGGAUACACAAACUGGAACGGCAAACAGAGAGCUCCUCCUACCGCUCAUCACAGUGGCCAUCUGUCAGUUCUUAGGUGGCGCGCCACUUGCCAUAUUUUCUCAUAUUCCGUCAGAAGCAUUGGUGCCGGUCUUCCUGGCAUUCGCUGCUCUCAGCGCAGCAAGCCCCUUCAUCUUGUCAUACGGUAUCCAGACGUUCAUUGCUCGCAAGCAGGUAAGCUUGCAGCAAUACGAGCUGAUCAAGUGCUUCUCGCUCCUACUCCUUGGCAUGUUCUUGUCUGCACUAGCAACUCUAAAUUUCAGUCUCGCUCUGAUAGUCGGACUGCUAGCGACUCCGCUCUCCUUCGCGCGCACAUGGCCAGACAACCUCGUUGCUGCUCGCAUCCUUUAUACCAUAUUCUUGCAAGUCGUCAGUCCGCCAGUCAUCCUUCUCGUGGCCAGUGCUGUAUUGGGACCCAAACUUGGCGGAAGCGCCAUGGGCGGCUUGCACAUCGUCCUCGAGGAGGCCAUGUUUGGGUGGAAUGUGCUGGGGAUGUAUACCCCUUUGGUCUUGUGGGCGGUCUGGUGGCCUGCCUGGAUCGUCGGAUGUCUCAUUACUUUGGGGAGACCUGUAAAUGAGGCUGGCAAGCCGAAGCAAGCAUAGAAAGCCCAGUCCAUGGGCUAUGCAUAGAGUGAGCAAAACCAGAGCAUAAAUACAUCAAGUUGUCAUCAUUGCACA